UGCCGAAAUAAUCUCUCAAGUUUGGUCUUUUGGCAUUCCAAAUUUCCAAUCAGAGUCUUAUGCUCAAAACAGCCCACCCCUUUGGGACAGUAGCACUACAGUAGUUUGGUUCGGAGACCCCCAAAUCCAUCUUCUUUAACUUGCAUCUCUCUGUAUGUUACUAUGAAAAAAGGGGAAAAAAUUGUUCAAGAGAUGAAGUUUUGGGAUUGGUACUUGAAGAUAGCAGUUGGGUCAGCCCUUAUUGGAGGUUCAAUGGAGUUGUUCAUGAUCAAAUCUGGCUUCUAUGAUAAAGUAACUGUUUUGGAGGCGGAGAAACGAGCUUUGGAGAGUUCCCCUGAAGCUCAAGCUAUGAGAGAAGCUCUCAAUCCUUGGAGAAAUCAUGACUCAGCAGAAAGGAAAAAUUCCUAGAAUUCCCAAAAUUCUGGUGACUACUUGUUCAGCAGUCAUUUCUUGGAAUAAAAGGUUAAACAGCCUUCUGGACCUCUGGUGAAACAGAUGGGAAGAAGUUUGUUCUGAUGCUAGGUUUGGAUAUGUUAUACUGUAGAUGUUUGCGACUGUUCACUGUUUGAUUGAAAGGGUGAGCUUUUUGUUGGCCUUGAUUUUGUUGGCCUAGGGCCUAAAACCAUGUUAGCUGCUGUCUGCUGAUAGAUUCGUACCCGUGGUUCUAAUGGCAUUGUACUUUUGGACUGUCACAAUCUUUUUGCAAUAGCUUGGCUUGGUUAUAAUA